AUGUGGCUCGACCGAUUGUCAGGACACUCGACGCCCGCAGCAACUCCCUCUGCCUCCCCCCCUCUACCCGCGAAUAGGUCUUACUCUCCAGCUGCUCGAAGACCUAGUCACUUAGGGCCCGCUGCUGCGGCUCAAAGACCCGGUUUCAGCCCACGAUCAUCCUCCCUUUCUCUACACUCAAAUGAUUCUACGACAUCCUUAUUAGCUUCGUCUCGGCGACCCAAUGGAUCAGGACUCAAGCAGUCGGUGACAGUGACUGAUGCGCCGGAUCCAUUAGAUGUGUUGGCAAAGCUUCUAGGGACUGAAGGAAAAGGGGCUAUCGCGAAACCACAUACAAAUGGGGGCAAUGUGGCUAAAGAUGAGUUGGAGCUUGAAUUGGACUUUGAAGAUUUGAGUCUACGGGAAUUUGUUUCGAGGAAGUCUUUAUCUGCCAAGAAGGGGCACGCGUAUGCAACACAGACGAUCGAAGAGUUCGAGCGAGAUAAAGCGAAGUUCGAAGAUCUUCAUCGAUCGAUACGUGCCUGCGAUGAUGUGCUGAGCUCAGUUGAAAGCAACUUAGCGAGCUUCCAGAAUGACCUUGCCACAGUCUCCGCAGAGAUAGAAACCUUACAAGCGCGGUCCACCGCUUUGAGUGUACGAUUGGAGAAUCGGAAAUUAGUGGAAAGUGGUCUGGGCCCGAUCGUUGAAGAGAUCAGUGUCUCACCUACCGUUGUGAGGAAAAUAGUGGAGGGUGUAAUCGAUGAAGCCUGGGUCAGGGCUUUGGCUGAGGUUGAGAAGCGGUCUAAAGCUAUUGACAUCAAAUCGAAGGAGCAACGCAACAUCAAGGGCGUCAGAGACUUGAAGCCAUUAUUAGAGAAUCUCGUCAAUAAGGCUCUUGAACGAAUUCGGGAUUUUCUUGUAGCCCAAAUCAAGGCGCUGAGGUCUCCAAACAUCAACGCUCAGAUUAUACAACAGCAACAUUUCAUUCGAUACAAAGACCUGUAUGAAUUUUUGCAUAAGCACCACUCACAACUAGCUGAGGAGAUCGGUCAGGCCUACAUGAAUACCAUGCGGUGGUAUUUCCUGAACCAGUUUACUCGUUAUCAGAAAGCGCUUGAAAAAAUUAAGCUUCAUGUCAUUGAUAGGCAUGACGUUCUUGGUGGAGAUGAUGGCAACCGGAAGACGAAUCUCUUAGCUGGCACGAAGUCCUCAGGUCCACCCCAUGAUGCAUUCAAUUUAGGUCGUCGAAUCGAUCUUUUGAAGACGUCAAAUCAAACAGCACUGCCCUCAUUCCUCGCAGAGGAAGACAAGGCUACUCAUUACCUCGAGUUUCCUUUUCGGAACUUCAACCUGGCCCUCGUUGAUAAUGCCUCGGCCGAAUACUCUUUUCUCACCUCCUUCUUCUCGCCAGCACUAUCGUUUGCGGCCAUCUCACGACAUUUCAACUAUAUAUUCGAGCCGACGUUUGCUCUUGGCCAAAGUCUCACCAAAUCCCUUGUCCAUGAGACCUUCGACUCUUUAGGCCUCCUGUUAUGUGUGAGGCUUAACCAACACUUUGCUUUCGAGCUUCAACGCCGGAAGAUACCUGCAGUGGACGGCUAUAUAAAUGGGACCGGCAUGCUCCUCUGGCCUCGGUUCCAAGUUAUCAUGGACCAACAUUGCGAAUCGGUCCGGACAGUUACAAAUGCCAUCUCCACCCGAAAGCAAUCGGCAUCCGAGCAGGCGAAGCAAUCAGCCGCGCCUCAUUUCAUGACACAGCGUUUCGGACAGUUCAUGCAGGGCAUCCUUACCUUGAGCACAGAGGCAGGUGAUGAUGAACCUGUCUCCGCAAGCUUGAUCAGACUGCGCAGUGAGAUCGAAGCAUUCCUCACUAGGUCGAGCAAGAGUAUUGGGGAGUCGAGGAAGCGGGAGAGGUUCCUCUACAACAACUAUUCAUUGAUUCUCACUAUUAUUGGAGACCUUGAGGGAAAGCUAGCCUCAGAACAGCAGGACCAUUUUGAAGGUCUGAAAAAAGCGUUUGAGGGCUCAUAA